UUGUUUGGCUCCGAGGAAAGUUUUGGCAUGAAUGGAAGCGGUCGUAUCGAUCUCACAUUAUUGGGUGCGAUGCAAGUUAGCGCUGUUGGUGAUUUGGCCAACUGGAUGGUACCAGGCAAGAUCAAGGGGUUCGGUGGUGCUAUGGAUCUUGUCAGCAACCCAAGCGAAACGAGGGUCAUUAUAACGAUGGAGCAUACGGAUAAGAAGGGCAACCCGAAGAUUGUCAAGAGCUGCAAUCUACCGCUCACUGGUAAAUCCUGCGUUUCGAGAAUCAUCACCGGUUUAGGUAUCUUUGAUGUGAAGCCUGGGCAGGGCCUCACUUUGAUUGAGAUUGCCGACGGAGUUACCGUUGAUGAAGUCAAGUCAAAGACCGAAGCGCCCUUCAUUGUUGACUUUGCCUUAAAACCAAUGCUUUAA